AGUGAAAACCUGAUGCUGCAACCAACUUGGACCUUCCUGUUCGCCUACUUCCUCUUUCCGCAUCCCAGGGCGGACGUUUUGUUGGAACAGCGCCCCCAUUUCGGCCCUUGGCCUGGAGUUGGGGUAGCCUGCAGCCAUGUCGAAGAGAGGGCGCGGAGGUGCCUCUGGCAACAAGUUCCGCAUGUCCCUGGCUCUGCCAGUGGGCGCGGUCAUGAACUGUGCUGACAACACGGGGGCCAAGAACCUGUACGUCAUCUCAGUGAAGGGGAUCAAGGGCCGCCUGAACAGGCUGCCAGCAGGAGCUGUUGGGGACAUGGUCAUGGCCACCGUGAAGAAGGGAAAGCCUGACCUGAGGAAGAAGGUCAUGCCCGCCGUGAUCGUCCGUCAGCGCAAGCCGUGGCGGAGAAAGGACGGUGUCUUCAUGUACUUUGAAGACAACGCGGGGGUCAUCGUCAACCCAAAGGGUGAAAUGAAGGGUUCUGCUAUCACUGGACCAAUCGGAAAGGAUCUUGAGACAAAAGGUCAGAACAAUGGUCACUGGGACGCCUGA